AUGGGGCGCGGGCUCCUGAGCGCUGCGCUGUUGUUUGUAGGGAGCUUGGUCUUCUACUCAGAACACUACUCGGUCUCAGAAAGGAGCAGGCGCGGCCCCUCUGAGGGACAGGCCAGUGAUUGUGGAAUAGCACCGCUUGCAGAUGUGUUCAAAGGGUCUCGCGUUAUAGGGGGCAAGGAUGCUCAAGUUGGUACAUGGCCUUGGAUAGUUAGCCUGCAGAUCCAAUACGGCAGAAUUCUUGCUCAUAUAUGUGGAGGAAGCUUAGUGAAAGAAAGUUGGGUCCUUACAGCUGCCCACUGCACUAAGGAUUCUAGAGAUCCUUUAAUGUGGAGAGCUGUGCUUGGAACUAAUAAUAUAUAUGAGCGUCAUCCAUACACCAAGAUUAUAAAAGUUAAAGCAAUCAUCAUACAUCCAGACUUCGAUGUGGAAUCUUAUGUAAAUGAUGUUGCGCUUUUUCAUUUAAAAAAAGCAGUGAGGUAUAAUGACUAUAUUCAGCCUAUUUGUCUACCUUUUGAUGUUUUCCAAAAUCUGGACGGAAACACAAAGUGUUUUAUAGGUGGCUGGGGAAGAACAAAAGAAGAAGGUAAUCUUACAAAUAUGUUACAGGAAGCAGAAGUACAUUAUAUUUCUCGAAAAAUUUGUAAUUCUGAAACAAGUUAUGGGAAUAUAAUUCCUCAAACUUCAUUUUGUGCAGGUGAUGAAGAUGGAAUUUUUGAUACUUGCAGGGGUGAUAGUGGUGGACCAUUAAUGUGCUACUUACCAGAACAUGAACGAUUUUUUGUAAUGGGAAUUACCAGUUACGGAUAUGGCUGUGGUCGGAAAAAUUUUCCUGGUGUCUAUAGUGGGCCAUCCUUCUACAAAAAGUGGCUGACACAUCACCUCUACCACAAAAGCAAUAAAGGCAUAUUUAAUAUAUAUAUUCUACUUGGACAGGUCCUCGUAGCUUUGGGUUCUGUUAUAUUACUAACAACUCCAUAA